AUGACAGAUGAAGAACCACUCCAGCCGAUGCUUCCGCCGCUUGGGCAACCCACAGCGGCGGCGGCAAAAAAGAAAUCAACGAUAAUCUACCUUAACUUACUCAGAGACCAAUUCUCUAUAACGACAUGGUUACUGCUGGGUGCGGUUGCUCAAGGUCUGGCGGUACUGGCUCUCCCUGCUUUUUAUGCAGUUCUACCGGCUAUGAUCGUUCUAUCCUACCGAGUCGUCGAUACAUUAUUUAUGAGUGUCGGUCUGAAAAAGAAUCGCUUUAUGGAUAAUGUCAUCAUGGGAAAAUUCACCGGACAAAUCCCUAAUUCAGAAGGCGUGUAUUCCAGCAAACCAUCCGAUGAGAACGUGGUUUGUUUCCAACUAAUCGCAAGAUCAAACCAUCCUCUGGGGAUGCUCGCUCCCGGAGCUCGCGAAAUCGCCGCCUUGGCACAGAACAUGUAUAAGCAGUUAGAUAUUGAAAGAGAAACAUAUGGGUACCUCGGUGCAAAAACCCUGUUGGGGGCAGAUGAACGCUCCGCAGGAAACCACCUCAUAACCAUGAUGUAUUUCCGCAACCUGGAAGGCAUUCACCGAUUUGCACAUGGGCCGAUGCAUAUGGAUACGUGGAACUGGUGGAAUGCCAAGGGUAAGAAGUAUGAGUACCUCAGUAUUGCGCAUGAACUCUAUUCUUCUCCGAAGAAUCAAUGGGAGAAUAUUUACAUUAACGCGGAAUUGACUGGCCUGCCGGGCACCAAGGUUAGGGUAAAGAAGUUUGAUGAAGAUGGCAAGGAGGAUGGAUGGGACUAUGUGAACCCAGCUAUCGAUGCGCGGAAGGGAAAGUUGGCGAGACAACUUGGAAGAGUGAACCGGAGUUAUGAUAAGACCGGGACAGAUGUUGACUAUAACUAUUAA